UAUUCAGAAGGUGUAUGAUCAUCUACCUCAGACUCGCGCAUUGAAUGAAGACGAGCUCAAAUCUGUGCAAACUUUUUUAUCUUUGGAUGCAAAUAAAAAGAAAAUUCAGAGUAAAGUGCUGGCAGACACUGGGAAGAAAACGACAUUAAAGGACUUGCAAAAUAUCAAUUAUAGAAGAAAGAUAGAGAAGAAUGAUCUAGAUGAAGUUGUUUCUUUGUUGACAAAAUCUUAUGGAUGUAUGGUUGAUAUUUUCUGUGAUGAGGAUGAAAAAUUCAAAGCAAUGCAGUUUACAACACAAGAUAUGAGAAAUGCUUUAAAUGCUUGGCCAGAAUUUAUAAGUAUCGAUGGAACAUAUAAAUUGAUUGAUAUAGGUUGCACUGUAUUUUUAUGUCUGGUAGUAGAUUCUAAUGGACAGUCAGAAAUUGCUAAUGUCUCACUUAUUUCUACCGAAGAUAAAAAGACCUACCACUGGAUAUUUGAACAAUUUAAAAAACAUUUUGAUUUUACAAAGGUGAAAUCUUUCAUGGGCGAUAAAGAUUUAGUAGAACGUCAAGUUGUUAAAGAUCUUUUCCCAAACACUCCAUUUUAUCUUUGUAUCUUCCAUACACUAAAGACGUUUAGAAGAGAAGUGACUUGUGACAAAAUGAAUAUUUCCAGAGAAGAGCGUGAUUUAUCGUUAAAUUAUGUACAAAAACUUGUAUAUAGUAAAAAUGAAUCAGAAUAUGAUUUAUUAUAUUCUCAAUUCAAAGAGUGUGUUCCACAAUCUGUGAUAGCAUAUUUUGAAAAAAAUUGGCACAGGAUAAGAAAUGAAUGGAUUAUUUUCAAUAUGAAGCAAUGUAAUUUUAAUAACACUACAAACAACAGAAUGGAAUCUAUAAAUCAAAAAAUUAAGCAAGUGGUGCAUAAGAAUUCGACACUGAUGCAGUUCGUCAAGAACUUCUUUAUUUUUAUAAAUUCUAAUCAACAAGAAAGGGAUUUUAAAGCAGCCACUCAUAUUUUAAAGAAACCACUGUUCGCAAUUUCUAAGUAGGUAUUCAAAAGACAUUCUUUGUUACUCAAAUGUUGUUACCCGUUACAGCAUGAAAUUUAUACAAGAGCAAAUCAAUUUCAUUGAUAAUGUAAAGGUUGGAAUUGAAGGACCGACAGGAACAUUCACAAUAGCUUCAUCGAAAGGCAACUUAUCAGUUACUCAUGAAUAUUGUCCUUGUUCAGAUUUUUUAUCUAUGAUGUUACCUUGCCGAUAUAUUUUUGCAGUAAGGGUGAAGCAAAACAUGCCAUUGUAUUCAGAAUCGUUAGUUCAUGAACGCUGGAAAACUUCCUUCUAUUUAACAAAACAAAGGAUUGCCAAUCAAGAAUCAAUACAAGUUGGUGACCAUCAUGUAUAUCGUUCUGAACCUAAAAUGAAAACAUUGACAAUAACGGAGAAGAGAAAGUCUGCCACUCUUGUUGCGAAUUCCCUAGUAAACACGCUUAGUAUGGCUAGUGGCAGCGAAUUCAAUCAUAAGUUAAACUUUCUAAAGAGGAUUGAUGAUGCUUGGAAAUCGGGGAAGGAAAUAAACAUAGAUAUUCCUAAUUCAGAUUCACAAAUAGGAAAAACGCUUAUUGAUGAAGAAGAAAAUGAAAAACUGGUUAUGUCAGUGGAUACUGAAGUAAAUUCACAGGGAGAUGAGAGUGCUCGGGAGAGUCAUUUACCAAACAUAACUAUUGAACCGCAAACCACAUAUGAAGAGCGGAAAGUUACUUUGGAGAAUGAAAAAGAAAAUUUGUCAGAAAAUAUAAAUAUUGAACUGCCUUUAAAAAUAAAGAAGCGUGGUAGACCACGGGGUCAUGACACAACUGUGAUAGGUCUGAAGAAAAAAAGGAAUAAGAUUGUUCCAUUAAAGUUUGCUUUGAAAAUAAGUGAAUCACAGGACUGUUAUAUUCUUAGGCAUGUUAUAAAUGAUGAUAUUGAAGUUACAGAGGAAACAUUACUGAAUCCGUCAUUUGAAGUGGUGGUAGAAGAUUUAAAGAAUGAAAUUCCAGAUUGUGUGUUAGAUGAUUCUGUCAAUUUGGCUCGGCUGAAGAGGUACUUUGUCACUGAUGCUUGGGAGUACUUUUCUUUUAUGUUAAAUGAUAAGAAAAGCAAGGAAGAUUGGACAUGCAGAUCAUGUGCAAUGCAACUAGGAAAUCGUCCAUCAAUAGUUUGUGAAUCCUGUCUAUUUUGGUUUCACUUGGAAUGCUCUGCACUAACUAAACUGCCAAGAAUCAAAACCUGGUUUUGUAUAUAUUGUUACAAUAAAUUAUGAUCGUUUU